UAUCAUCAUCAUCAUCAGAAGGCAUGGCAUUAUGUAUGUGCAGUGCUUUUGAGAAGUUUCAAUGCAUUACUUGAUAACGCCGCGUCACUUUAUCGAAAAAAUACUUGAAAAUGACGACUGAACAGGUCUGUAACCCACCACCGCCUCCCAGUUUGCCUCCACCGCCGCAAAACUGGUCGAAAUCCGUUGGGUUUACAAAGUGGACCGAAGUUCCAAUUGGCGAUUACAUUUCAAAGCAUUGGAAUCGCUUGACGAACGACGAUGAUUCUAUGCAUGUCGUCUCCACGUUCUGCACGUUGAACCCCGUAAUACAAAACGGGCCACAAUGUGGCAUUGUGGCACUCAGCAUGGCAACACAGUUGCUAAAAGCGUCUGUCACUGUAGACAGGAUUUGCCAAGAAGCACAAAUACUCAAAUUCACAGCGAAAGGAGAAAUGUUUUCAGUGGAGAACAUGAAAGUCCUGGCAGAAACAGUUCUUGGCACAUGUGAUGCUCAAGUGUUACAUUCAUCCAGCUCUGCCCCUGGUCAAAUCAUUAUGCACUUGCUGCAGGGAAAACCCCUGCUUGUGCCCUACGACUCGGACCACAAUUUUGAGCCAUGCAUGAGAAACGGACAGUCGGCACAUUGGGCUGUGUUGCACGGAUUCUGCUUGGUGGUACCAGAGGAAACUGUCCGCUUGGUUCACCUGGAGAAUGACCAGUGCCACAAGCGCUUACACCACUUGACUCCUGGUGUACAUGAAGAAAGUGUUGUUCUGCAGCUGUUAAAUGAUUCAAAAAAUGUCUUUGUGUACGCUCAUCAGGGGAAGAGCAGUCAUUAUGCUCUAUGGAGCCUGGACGACCUGCUCGUGAGCAAUAGCAACCUAACGCGGGUGACCACCAAGUACGACGCCUCGGAGUUUAUUUUACCCGAAGGAGGUGUUGCCAGAGGAUUAGCUGGAAAACUGCUCGCGUUGAGAUGACAAAAGAAUGUGUUAGUGAAGUUUUGCCUAGAGUCACGUGUAUGCAAUGAAUGACCUGCUUCGGUUCAACUCUUUAUAGCCACAAAAGUGCCUAUAGAAAGCAUGUUCAGGAAUACACAAUCAACUUAGAUAGUUGAGUGAUUGAACAAAAUUAUUUCAACAAGAUGUACUUACAUACCGGGGUCCGUCAAUAAAUGCACUCCCGUUUGCCAGCUCUGAA